AUGAAAAAAAUUUUAUUGAUAAUUUUUGUGCUAUUUUGCAUUAUAAAUGCUUAAUAAGAAGAACACAAGCUUAUGAAUAGAGAAAUCCUAAAAAAUAUAGCUUCAUAUGUAGGAAUAGAGUUACCUCAUGAGUAUAUUGUUUGGUUAUUUAUUUAGUUUGCAUUUGUUCUGUUUACCAUGCAAAUUGAUGAUGAAAUAAGUUUAAAAAUUUUCUAAGAACACUUUAAUGUCUAUAAUAACAAAAGAAUAUGUAGCACUGUGUCCUAAGUUUAAAAAUCCUUUAAUUUGUGAAGGUAAGAAACAAAAAUAUCUUGAUUAAUUUGCAGUACAAUUUGUUGAGUAUAAUAUUUAAAAAAUAUUAGUAAUUAUUUGAAACCAUCAAAUGCUUGUUAAGUUUUAGGGGCUUGCAAAUUGGAACAUGAACCUUAAACUUUAAAGGAAUAUAUAAAUGAAAUUAUGAUUGAUAAACUUUCAAGAUAGGAGUAAUAAAUAUGGAAAGAGAGAUCUGAAGCAUUGCUUAUCAAUAAUGAGGAUUAUAAAGUGGUAUAAUAUUCUGAUUUGCAUGUUGACACUGAAUACACUGUUGGGGCUGAUGCAUUUUGCGGUAAUUAUAAUUGUUGCAGAAUGGAGAAUAGUAUACCUAAAGACUCUAGCAAGGGUGCUUAAUAUUGGGGAACUUUAGCUAGUUGUGAUUUACCAUUUAGAACAGUUUAAAAUUUAUUAGAAUUCACAAAAGAGAAAAUAAAACCUGAUUUUAUUCUUUGGACAGGAGAUAAUGUAUCUUAAUAUCGCUGGAAUCAAUAGAAAAACCAAACUGUUCCUACAUAAAUGAUUACAUAAGAGAUUUAAUAGCUUAUGCCAAAUACUAAUGUUUAUGGAAUUUAUGGAAACCAUGACCUAUACCCUAGUGAUUAAUAUGAUAUGAUCGGAGAAUCAGCUUAAUCGUUCAGAGAUGCAAUAUCAGGAACUUGGAAAUAAUACCUAAGUCAGGAGGCAUAUUAUUAAUUAAGGAGAAAUGGGUUUUAUUCUCAUAUUGAUGUGGAUCGAAAUUUAAAGAUUAUUGCUUUAAACUCUCAGGCUUAUGAUUUUAAUAAUUUCUUCUUGAUUUAAGGAGUAACAGAUCCAAGAGGAAUGUUAAACUGGUUGACAGAAGAAUUGAAGGAUUCAGAAUCAAAAAAUCAAUUUGCCAUAAUAAUAGCACACAUUCCACCAGGUGACAUUUCAUGCAAUUCAUAAUGGGCUGAUAGAUUUAGUGUUAUUAUUGAAAGAUUUGAGCAUGUAGUCUCUGGCUUAUUUUAUGGUAAUUAUUAAUUAAUUGAAUUCAGGACAUACACAUUCUGAUUAAAUUUCUCAUAUAAGAUCAAGAAUUGAUGGAAGAUACAUUAAAACUAUAUAUAUUGCACCUUCAGUAACUACCAAUUCAAGGUAAAACCCCUCUUUUAGAGUAUUCUAUUUUAAUGGGAAAACCAAUUAAAUAAUAGAUUACACUUAAUAUAGAUUAGAUAUUACAAAAGCUAAUAAGGAUGGGGAGCAUGCCAUUUUAAAUUGGAAUAUAGCUUACAACUUUUUAGAAUAUUAUGGCUUAUAAAGUUCAAGAAUAGAGGAUGUUUAGACUUUAGGUUAUAAAUUGACACAUGAUGAGGAAUUGUUAAGAAAAUAUAUUUAUAAUUAUGCAACAGGAAGUGAUGUUCGUUAUUAAAAGCAUUUAAAGUAUUUUAUUUAAUAUUGUAGAGAUUUGAAAAAGUUAUUUUUAAAGAAAGGAACAAGAAACUAUUUCAUUUGUGGAGUUGACACUGCUACUUUUGAUGAUUGGUUUUAAUGCAUUGGCUUUUUUGAAAUUUUAUAGGACUCUGAUUACACAAGAUAUAAGAUCUAUGAAUUGUUUUAUGGGAAAUGGUUAAAGGAGUGA